AUGGAUCGAAACCUGUCGGCGCACUGGUGCAGUUCUUUCGUCGUGACGCAGGCAGCUCCAGAGCGCUCCUCCAAGACGCGCCUGAUGGAGGCCUUGCUGGCCCCGGCCAUUGUUUCGAAGCAGCUGAAUCCUCAAGCAGCGUCAUCAACAUUUCCUUCGUUUCACUGGGACCAUCACCAGUCUGGUAGUACCCAGCGCAAGUAUAGGGACCACUCUUUCUCGUUCCCACCACUUGGGGCCGACUCUUCCCACAAGUCACCAUGGCCAUCGUCCAGCCAAGCUAGAGGGCGCCUACCCCUGCUACUACUUCGCCAGGUUUACCAGCAGGGAAUCUACGUGGCCCUGCAGUUUCCGGAACUCCUGUGGUGGUGCCGAGGGGAAGGAGUGGCCCGUGACAACACACCAGAUCUCACCUUCGUGGUGCUGGGAGUUCACUCGUCGCGCUCAUUGCCGGGCAGAUCUUCUGACUUAAUUGUGAGUCAUGGCUUCUCUCCGCAGCGUCAAAGAAGCCAUGAGAAUGUCUCCAGCACCGAGAGUUCAAAUGUCCACGUUCAGAUAUCGGACAUUGCUGGCGACGAAGAUAUUGUAGCAACGACGUACUUUCUGAAGAUAUGCAAGUCAACUAUAUUGAAGCCGUACUCCGUCAUUUUGCAAUUGGUAGCAUGGCGGAAGUUUCGCAAGGACAACCCCACGCGUCACCACCUGUCCUGGAGGUUCAUGAACGUCUUGUACCCAGGCGUUGUCCUGACUCUACUGCUUUUUUAUGCGGCUCUUCAGGGAUUGGCCUGCCCUGGACGUCUAGAGUUCAAAACAACGCAAGCGUCGACUCUCCGGAACGCGACCAGACCCACGCCAAGAAAUGUGACCCCGACACCUGUAUACUAUUACUGGGAGGAAUAUGACGACUACACAACCGGCGUGAUGGGGGAGCAGACGCAGAACUACGAGUCAGAGUUUCUGGGCGACCUGCCGCUGUGCCAGCACCGGCUCACCCUGUACAUCCUGCCCAGCCUGCUGCAGGUGAUCGCCUUCCUCUACGGCUCCUAUAUGUUUCGAAUCAUAGGGGUCGACGAGGAGCUGUACGCCAUCAUGGAAAAGGUGUUUCUGCAGUCAUCGGCAUACUUUACAGAACGGAUCAUCAUAACAAUUACCAGGAGGUUCCUGCUCGCUGGAAUAGUGUGGACGCUUAUGCAGAUAGGGGUACAAGUACUUUACAACUUGGCCGUGGAAACUGAGGAACAGCUUGUGGAGAGAGCAUUUUCAAAGUUACCACAGUGGGAGACGGUGACGCUAAUCGCCGUUCGGAUCAUGGGCCAGCUGGCGAUGACCCUUGUGGAGAUGGCGGUGGUGCUCAACUACUGCACCCAGUGCGAGAUGAUCAUCAUCUACCUGCGCGGUGUGGCGCUGAGGCUGCGAGAGAAGCGCAUCACCAUCCGCGAGGGCAUGCACGAGCUUUUGGCAAGCAAUGACUACAUCAGCCACCUAAACCGCAAUCUCGGAAAGGUUACCGCUCUAUUCAUCAUCAACUUUUCAAUUCAUGCGCUCAUUGGUAUAUUUUUAUUUCUUCUGAACCACGACAAAACACCUAUCGUACUGGCCUACAGGGCAGCUUACCCGGUCGUGUGGAUAAUCGCCAUGUUUGCUUCACUCUAUCAGGCUUCCCGCGUGACGGCUGUGGGGUUGAAAAUCUCGAAGAUCAGCAUCGAGUCGAGAGUAUUCGGCUACCAGGACGUGCAAGGCUUCGAUCUCGACUCUUUUGUUCUAUUCGUGGGGAACAUGAAACUCAGGGCCAAGAUGUUCGGAACGGCGAUAUGGCCAUCCACUCUGCUCUUCUUCUUCGGUGGCACGGCACUGGUUGUGUACCUGCUUGUUAUCUGCGACGUGCUCACCAACCCCGUCAUGGGUUCCUUCCUCUGAGCUACAGAUCUCGCACGGUUUUCCAGCUUCACAACUUAACACAAGGGAUGGAAGUGCAAAUGAACUUAUACCGGGGUCAACGAGGUCGACCACGCUUCUGCUCUCCGGCGCUACCUCGCUGUCGUGCCAGCACUUGUGCGCAUAAGCCAGUUUUACCAUCUCUGACGUUCACU